GUAGGAGAUCCCUUACUUCCAUCACACCCCGAGGCCUUGAGACUCCAAAGCUUCAAGAGUCUAUAAAAAGAGCUUUUUUCCCAGAAGACUUGGCAGCAGACCUUCUGUGAGCGCUUCUCCUGUACAGCGCUUGAGAGGCAGAGCAGGCACCACACAAUCUAAGCAGAAAGGGAGGAAAACAAGUAGGAACUGCAGAAAAGGUUUGAAUAGAAGCUGAGCAGCUGUGUACUAGGCUGACCAUGGUGCUCCCAUGUUGGUUGUCAGUGGCACUGAUGGCGUGUAUUUCCAUCCCAGUGUUUGGGUCAGAGUGCUCCAUCUGCAAAAACCUCAGCAACAACGAGAGAAUACUGGAUUGCAUUGAGAUCUGCAGAUCCGCCAGCCAGACAGAGCGUCCCGAUCUCAGCACUUUAGCCCUUAACAUCAGCAAAGACAACGAGCUCUUACCCGGCCUGUCCCGGGACACAACCAAAGACAAGACGCCCGAGUCUAAGGCCAACAGCGACAGGCGGCGCUCUUAUUUGAUCGAACACUUCCGUUGGAGUAAACCCUCCCGGAACAUGACGCAGGUAAGCAGGCCGGGCAUUCAAAGCAACAGACGAAGCGCUUACUCAAUGGAGCACUUUCGCUGGGGGAAACCGCCCGGGAACAUGACGCCUGGACUAAAGCUGGGACCCCAAGGCUCCAAGAGGAGCCCCUACGCAAUGGAGCAUUUCCGAUGGGGCAAACCCUCCGGCCGCAAACGCAGACCGGUUAAGAUCUUUGCCUUCCCCGUGAAGGAGCCCUCAUUGUCUUCGGAGGCUGUUUUCCUCCCUCAGGCGCGCAGGCAUCUGAACAGUAAAGACGACAUUUUCAACCGGAAUCAGAUCCAAGCCCUGCAAACAGAAACAGUGCUACCACUUCAAAGAGGGAGUCCGUCUGCUGCUACCAACAUUAACGGCAAUGAGGAGAAACCUCAGGGAGUGCUGGCCAACAUCUUCAGGGACAUUAUUUUCAAAGAUGUGCAGAGGAUAGUAGGGUGAGGGUGGGAGUGGCAAGGGGAGGUUUAAUAACCACUGCAUGUUAUUACCAAUAACUAACUUUGUCAUCAGCAUGUUAAGGAGGGGUUGAUUGCUGUAACCCUCCCGGCCUUGACUAUAUGCUUCUAUUGUAUUUCCAUGUUGUAUAUGUUAUUAAUGAGCGAAAAGGUUCUUUCAUGGCUGAAUUUUGUAAAUUACUAAUAUUAAAAAGUUUGUUUUU